CGACGGUGGCGGGAUCUGCAACCGCGCCACCCGAACGAACGAACAGCAACAAAACGCGUGGCGGGUCCCAUAACUGCUGUGUGCAUGUAGGCCAGGUGUCUCCAAAUUAUUACGCCUUCAAUUUUGGGAAUUAAUUCCAAUUCAUUAAAGCCUACUCCCGAAUUUCUCAGACUUACCAAAUCCCAAAUCCUUUCCAGUUUCCACCAAAAAUCGAGAGAUCACUCUCGUAUUCCCAAUCAUUAAUGUCUUCAUGUUCUUCUCUCGAAUACUGAAAACGUCUCUUUCUCUCUCUCCUCUUCCGGCCACCGCCGUGGCUCCUCCGCUUCUCUCUCUAAAAACUCCCUCUUUUUCUGUCUGGAGUCGUGCCAAUUGACAAUUUAGCUAGCGGUAUCACAGACAUGCGAUUCCGCGUCGUGAAAUUCCGAGAUUGACCUGGAGAAGUCGCCGAUUUCGAUGGCGGUUGUCACCGGAGAUCGCUACCUGGAGAAGCUAGUCCACUUCGUGGAGCAGCAGGCCGGUUCGUUGAUCGACGGGAGCCUAGUGCUGAAGCUGAACCCGGCCGGGUUCCACUACGUCAACUCCCGGCUCGAGGCCUUGCACGAGCUCGAGAGCCUCCUCGCCGGCGCUCCCGUCGAUUACCUCCGCGCCUACGUCUCCGACCUUGGAGACCACCGCGCUCUCGAGCAGCUGAGGAGGAUUCUCAGGCUCUUGACAUCCCUCAAGGUCGUUUCGGUGCUGCCGCCUUCCGCCAGGGACCCUACGCCGCUGUCGUUUUGGCCGUUUGGGAGGCUUAAGGUUUUGGAGCUUCGAGGAUGCGAUUUGUCCACCUCCGCCGCGAAAGGUUUGCUCGAGCUGCGGCACACCUUGGAGAAGAUCAUUUGCCAUAAUUCUACUGAUGCUCUGCGGCAUGUGUUUGCGAGUAGAAUUGCAGAGAUUAAGGACUCGCCGCAGUGGAACCGCCUGUCAUUCGUUUCGUGUGCUUGUAAUGGCUUGGUUCUCAUGGAUGAGUCUUUGCAACUUCUUCCUGCUGUCGAAACUCUCGACCUUAGCCGGAACAAGUUUGCAAAGGUUGAUAAUCUUCGCAAGUGUGUCAAAUUGAAGCACCUAGACCUCGGUUUCAAUCAGCUCAGAACGAUUUCGUCAUUCGGUCAGGUCACGUGCCGUUUACUUAAACUUGUUUUGAGGAACAAUGCUAUAACUACAUUGCGUGGGAUUGAGAAUUUGAAGUCACUGGAAGGGCUUGAUAUUUCCUACAAUAUUCUUUCCAAGUUUUCAGAGUUAGAAUACCUUUCUGGACUUCGAUCUCUUGAAAACUUGUGGUUGGAAGGGAAUCCAUUAUGUUGUGCCAGUUGGUAUCGGUCACAAGCAUUCAGCUAUGUCACUAAUCCCGAAAAAUUGAAGUUAGAUGAUAAGGCGAUCAGCACCAGAGAAUUUUGGAAGAGGCAACUUAUAAUUGCUAGCAGGCACAAGCGACCUGCCAGCUUUGGGUUUUAUUCUCCUGCAAAGUGCGAUGAUAAAGGAGAUUCAAUUAUUAACAAAAAAAGGAAAAAGGUAUCUCGUCUUGCAUCAAUUGUUAAUGAAGAGGAGAACACAUGUUCUGACCAGGACUCUGUGUCUUGUGACAAUGAGAUUCAAAGCAGAGAGGAUGGUGUCAUAUCUGACGAUGAAGCUGAAAUUGUUGAUUUGAUGACUAGAGUUGAGCUAAUGAAGAAAGAGCGCUCCGUUCUUUGGUUGCGGGAGUUCAAGGAAUGGUUAGAUCGUGCUUCUGAGAAUGAUGCAGACAUCAGUAGAUAUAGCAGGGCUAGAUUGCAUCUUGAGAAGGAAAACUAUAUAAAAAACAAGGCAAGUUGGAGGCAGCUAGGUGAAAAAUCAACAUAUGUUCAAGCAUCAGGAGACGAGAGUAGUACAAAUGUUUUAGAAUCAGUGAGGAAUGCUGGUAGGGUCAGCCCAGUUGGCAUGGAUAGUAGAGAUAUUGGGGAGAACUUAAAAGCAUAUUCGUAUGAAGGGACAAGUACUUUCAGUUCAGAGGCUAAAAGUUCCCAUACUCAGACAUUCACCACUGAUGGAGGUCAUAGGAUGGUCCAAAAUUUGAGUAUGUCUGCAUUGUCUGUCAUUGAUGAUAUUUCAGAGUCUUAUUCAUCAUCUGCUAACCCAGGAUCACCGCCCCAUUAUCAAAAGGACAUUCUUCAUCGUCGACAUAACUUAGAGGAGGAAAUUUUACAGUUAUCCGCAGAGUCUUAUUCAGUGGCAUCAUCUGAUAGUAAUACCAGCUCAAGUGAAGAUGAAAAUUGUGAAUCUAGGCAGUCGGUUCCUGAGAACUUGUUGAAUGAGAGUGCCGAAGAAUACCCAUCUAAAAAUUGUUUCAAGUAUUAUGACAUAAAACAUGAGGUUGACAGAUGUUCGGUCGGCGGACGUGCCAGUGACAUUCCUGCUGAUGCUCAUGAUGUUGAAAUUACUAAUUGCAUUAAUGAAGAGGGUGAUUUGCCGGAGAGGAGGAAAGGAAGACAAAGGACUAAAAGAAGAGUUAUCGCUCUAGUAAAAGAUGAUAACAUGAUUAGGCAAGCAGAACUGUCACCAAAAUCAAAUGGCAAUCUAGAUAAUCAUGUAGGGCAAAUCGAAAAUAAGCAAGAGAAUAAAUAUUUCUAUGGGAGUGAUUUUCAAGAAGUUGUUGAUAAGAAACAGAUGUUGGCAAAUAGAAGCAGUGCCUCAAUAACCGAAAUCUUAUCUUCAGGAAGUGAUGAAUUUAUUGAGAAUUAUUUCAAUACAAAUAUCGCAGAUUCACGAAAUCACGAGAUAUGUAGGCAGUAUUUGUGUUGCUGUUGUAUACUUGAGCGGGAUUUUCUUUCCCGAGAAAGAGAAGUUGCUGUUGUACUUAGUAGUGAAGACAAGCUUUAUGUACUGCCCAUUGGUAUUGCAGGAGAUGGGUCAGGCACCAUCUUAAAGUUACAGGGUCGUCACAGGGUUGAGGAUAUCAGAGAAGUUGUAGUUGGUAUAGGGCUUCAGGUUGUGAGGGUGUAUGUAGGAGGCAGAGCGACUUACCUGUUUAAAACUAGAAGCAUUGAAAAAUCAAGACAGUUACUUUCUACUUUAAAAGUUAUCGAUUCUUUUGCCCCAAAUGGAGAACUUUGCUUAAGAAGUUUGGAGCAGGUUCAGGUGGAGUUAUUUGAGAAACAAAUAUGUGGAGGUUCAAAAGUGAGCAUAUUCCAGUAUUCUAUGGUACAGUUUUGGUGUAGUUAUAAUGAAGGUGAAUCAUGGUUUUCAAGAUCAUUAUUUGUGGCUGGAGGGCACGUAUUUUUGUGCUUUGAAGACCUUAUGCAGUUCAGCUCUUCAUCCAUGGAUGCGUCUUUGCCCCCAUAUUUUUCACUUGACUUGUGUUGCUCUAUUGCCGACAUAUCUGAGUUGGUUGUUGAUGUCAGAGAAAGUCGGUGUGUAACCAUAGCUGUUGCGUGUGCAAUGUCGGAGUUCUGCCCUCCAGGCUCAGCCGGAGCGGGCAGUUCAGACUCAAGUAUAAAUGAUAAAAAGAUUGCUCCAGGCUCCAUGACUUGGAAGCUCCAGUGGUUUUCCGAAGAGAGUCCGUUCAAGUUUGUGGCGUUGUUGAAGGCAAUCCAUGAAGGGAUGACCGCUUCCCCUUUGCUUGUAAGAAGUAUAUCGUGAAUGAAUCCCUUCCUCGCGGUUUUGUUAGUUUCCAUAUUCAUUUCAUUCUUUUAAAUUUGUUUCUUUACCCACGUAGUUUGUUUGCCUGCCGGCGUUAGUGUUCGUCGGCCGGAAUUCUUUGAUUUGUUUUCUUAGUUUUAGCAGUUCUUUUUUUUAUUUUUUAUUUUUAUGUACAAUUCUGUACAGUGUACAACAUACAGGAAAGAAAAUCGACAGUUUUGCCAAUUGUCUCAGUUUGUACACAAA